UGUCAGUUGUCCCCAGUCCUUCACGUUUUCCAAUAUGGCAGCUUAUCGAACAGCCAAUCAGGAUCUCACAUCAGCUAUUGCACAUGGUUCACACGAUUAAAGAUGGGGAACGUUCUUGCUGCUUCACCACCGAAUCCCUCAUCUUCUAGCAAUGUCACGGCGAUACCCCCACCUCCACCUCUCACAGCAGCUCCUCCGAUAGAAGAAAAACCUAAAUCGCUGCCGAAAAGAUCCACCGAGAACAACCCAGGAACAUACGAAGAGUUACAUAAGGCGUGCAAGGGUAUGUGAAGCACUAGUAUGUGGGAACGCUAACUUUACCGGCUUCUUCAAUUUUCACGGAUACCAAUCACGUUUCUCGCAGACUGUCGUGUUAAGUUGUACAUAGACACGAAAUUUUAGUGUACGCUAGUGUAAAAUGGAUAUUGUGUUGAGUUCGGCCUAUUAUUGCCCUGCAACUUUUGUGAUCUCUGUACAAAUUCAAGCUUAUAUUAACGUUAGACUCCUCGGUACAGAGGAUUUUUCUAGUGAGUGAGAGGUUUUUAGACCCAGAUAAAGGGCGUCCGAGGUUUUAUUUUUUAACCAUAUUGUUGAUUAGACACACGGACAUUUUGUAGGGUUUCCACUCCAUGCCAGGAGGAAGGUCUCUUUGUAAUACAGUCAACUCUCUUUUAACGGAGUCCUCGAUAAAAAGAGUCCGUUAAGAGUUAUCAGAGCCCUCUCAAAGCGGACACAUGGAGUUGGUCCCUGCCUUUGAUUCUUUACUCCUUUUAGUUGACUCUGAAUUAGACGGACCCCUCUUUAAGACAGACACAUAAGGUCAGCCUUAUGGGUGUCCAUCUCGGAGAGAGUUGGUUGUACAUUUCCAAAUGUAGAGGGGGUGUAAUGGGGUUGAAAAAACUGCAAAACUGCCCCCCAAAAAUGUAACAAAACAGCAAUGUGGCGUGAUCAAAAAUUACAACAAAUCUUAUACAAAAUCACAAACUGCUUAGUCGUGUAAAACCACAAUACCACAGGUUAAAAUCAAAAUUUUGAUUUAGAAGGAGAGUGAACAGGGUUGUAGCUUAAAUUUAAUAACAGACGGAAAAUGGCAUUCGAUGGGCGGGUAUUAUGAGAAGAAAACAGUUGCCUUUAUAAAGCUUGCAAUCUUUUUCAGCUCGAAAAAAUCACGUUGACAGCUGGGUAUUUUCCCCGGCUCCCAACUAUUAUCUACAUCUCUGGUGAAUCAGCUCAUCAAAAGUCAUUGAGGACUUAAUUCUGCUAACCCCCUUUCAUUAUUGGUAUAUUUGCUGAUUUAUAGUUGAAACUUAAUGUAACGUGUGCAAUGUGCUGCCAGUAGCAUCAUAGCUCAAAUGAAAAUAAUAUUAUUAAUGAGAGACCUAUUUUACUUGCAGAUGUUUUUCCUCAGCCAUUUGAAGGGUGUAAGCUUGCUAUUAACAAAGGUCUUAGCAACCAUUUUCAAGUUAGUCACACACUUCAACUGAGUGGGAUGGGACCAGGUGCUUAUCACUUCGGAGCUACUUAUGUUGGAAACAAGCAAACAGGUCCUAAUGAGGUACAAGUAGUCUUUUACAUGUACUUUCAUAUAGUGCUCGGGGCUGCAGCCAUUAAGGGCACACCGGGGGCCAGGGAAUUCUCCUGGCUGCUAUAAACAUGUCCCCUGGCUGCUUUGUAGGUAACAAAAAGAAAAAUAGAACUAAAGAAGUUCUUAGCUGUUCUGAUCUGUUACCGACCUACUUAUUGCUUAUACAUAUACCCAGAAACUUGAAAAUGAAGGAUUUAACAUUUGACACUCUGGCAUACAUUGUGGGAGUUACAAACAAGAAUGAAUAGUUUAUCUAUUAUGGUCAUGUCCACUCGAGUCAUUAAUCAAAACGACUGUGCUAGAAAAAACUGGAUCUUGUUCAAAAUUGUCUGAAAUAACAAUUUUUUAGCAAUCUGAGUAUUCAAAAUAAUUCUACUGUGAUUCAACGUGCCCGUAAAAGUACUCCUUAUGAAACACAGAGUCAGACCCCUGUGUACAUUCACCUCUCGUAAGCGACCACCUCCCAUAAGUAACCACCCAUCCAAAACACCAAAAUUUUCCUACUUAAAGCCUCACAGUUACAAGCUCUGGUAAACAACCACCUCCUGUGAGCGACUGCAACCACUUUUCGGGGCUGACAGUUUGAUAUUUUAUCCAUCAUUUUUAACCUCUUGUAAAUGACUACUUGACACAUGGUCUGACUUUUUUUUUCAUUGUAUGUACUUUGCUACUUAGAGUAUCGAAAGAACUUUUAGAGACAAAAUGGAACUACACCUAUCAUAACUUUGAAAUUGCAUGUGAUAAAUUAUCUACCAUAGAGUAGAUGUGUCUAGACCUGAGAAACCCCAUGUGGUUCGAUUCUUGUAAAUGACCACCUCCUACAUGUAUAAGCGACCGCUAAGUCUUGCAUUUUGGGUGGUUGCUUACAUGUGGCUAACCGUAAUUUAGGCAAGUUAACCUUGAACCAGUGCUGGUCAGCUGUUUCCCCAACUAUACUUGGGGUGGCCCAAUGCCCUUUGCAGGGGCACAUCUUGACUUGUAUACACAGUUGCUUGCUAGUUUCACUUCUUCGUAAAGUGUCUUCACUAUAGCCUUGUUUUUUGCUUACCCUUUUCGUGCUGUGUUUCUCCCAACCCUCCCUCCCUCUUCAAGUUAGGGCUACAGUAGGGAAUUAUUGGUGUGACAGUAAGUAUUCCACUGAGCAGUUCAGUGUGACCUUGCCUGGUGGGAGCCACUCGCAGAGUUACUAUGGAGACAUCCUUGUGCUAGAGAAUUGCCUGGCUCCACCAAACCUGUAGGCACAAGCACCCAGGCUUAUCUAUUAGGGGAGGUUCGACUGUAUGUUUUUUACUUAGGAUCACUUAGUGUGAACAGCAAGUGUUAAUGAACUACAUAGUGUGUAUGUUUCAUUAGUGAUGAAACUAAACUUGUUUUGCCCAAGCACCUGUCUAAAGAAGUUUCUCUGAUUGUUUUCAGGCAUUUCCAGUAUUGCUUGGAGACAUAGAUUUAAAUGGUAGUCUUAAUGCUCAAAUUAUUCAUCAGUUUACGGAGCGCAUCAGAGGGAAAGCCAUUAUUCAGGUAAAGGGUCAGGAAAUAUUUAAACUAUAACUGUAAAUCUACUUUAUAUACAACUGGAAAACUUUUAGAACUAUCCUUAUGGGUCUGGGAAUACUUGUUCCAGUCUACCGACCUACCUUUCCUUUCCUCUGAACCUAAGAUCCUAAAAGCUUUCCCAAAAACUUUUCCCACCAAAAUGAAGCCUACUAAAUCCCCAGCAUAAGAAAAAAAAUGAGGCAAAAAAAUGAAAAUGAGGGGAGAAGAGAAAGCAAAAUGUUUAAGUCAAGACUGCCGUGUCACUUUUAAUCCCAAAAACUGCGCAUGCCUGAACUUCACAAGCUAAUAUUUUGCAUCUGGAUCAGAAGGCCGCGAAGUGUAUUUCCUGUUAAUGGCUUUGUGGUAACUUUUAGCUCUUUAUAGCAUGACAGUGACCAGAAAACCACUCAACUAGCUUCAAAACGCAAACUUCGUCUUGGGUUUGCAUAACUGUCUCAAAUUCUCCCAACACAACCCUCCAAAUUACAGGUUUUGCUCGGUCACCAUUUGGCAACCAACUCUUGGUUUAGGGAGACUUUUUUUACAAAUCAAGUUGCCAGCUCCCAAAUGUUAGGCACCAUGGUGACCAAAUUGGUCACAACUUGGAGGGUUACAACACCCUCUCGUGUUUAUAUAAGGUUAUGUAAAUGCAGAAAACGUUUUUAUUGUUUUCUAAUGUCGUUUCGAGGGGGUUUCAAUACACCUGAGAGUGACCCAUGCCUACAUUAACCAUAGCAAAUUAUGUGGCACUGACAAUGAUGCAUCGAUUCUGCUUUUUGUAGACAAAAAAAUCCGUGUGGCUUCUUGUUCAAAGCGAUGCUGAGUACAGAGGCAAUGACUUCACUGCCACCAUAACCACUGCAAAUAUUGAUAUUGUUAAUGGCUCAGGAAUCGUUGUGGCACACUAUCUUCAGAGAAUGGCUCCACGCAUCGACAUAGGAGGGGAGUUACUUUACCAUUAUGGAGCUCAAGAAGCGGCCAUGAUGUCUCUUGCUGGUCGUUACACAGCAGACAGAUGGAUAGCUUCAGCAACGGUUGGUCAAACAGGAUGGCACCUAAGCUAUUGGCAUAAGGGGAAUGAGAAUGUAAAAGUCGGUGUGGAGUAUGAGUUCAACACGAGGGGUGGUGAUAGUUCUGUUAGUGCUGGAUAUCAAAUUGAAGUACCCAAAUCCAAUAUUUCUUUUAGAGGAAUGGUGGACACAAAUUGGACAGUAGCGGGUGUUAUGGAAAAGAGACUUCCGCCUUUGCCAUUUACCUUUGUGUUAAGUGGAAUGUUGAAUCACGCUAAGAAUCAGGCACGAUUUGGGUUUGGUCUCAACAUUGGUUAA